CCCCGUGAUGUGUUGGUGGUUAGCUUAUAUCGGUUUGAAUCGGAAACGUUGCAUACUAGAGUAGCAAACAUCGUGUGUGUCACAACUUCCUUUUCAGCUGCAAACCUCUGAUCAAGAAGCUGAGAAGAUUACAAGAAAACAUCUGGAGUCAUUUUCUCAGCUUCCUUGCUGGACCUCUCUUUUUGAUUGACAUGUCAAACCCCGUCAUCACUCAGCCUGGGGCAGGCUCUUAUGGUACAAAUGUGCAGACUGGAGAGUGGAGUACUGGGCUUUGUUCUUGCUUCAGUGACCUACUUGUCUGUGGCCUUGGCUGUAUCUGUCCAAUUGCUCUCAGCUGUUACACGGCAAACAAGUACGGAGAAAAUGUAUGUCUCUCGUGUAUACCUGGAGGAAUGGCUGCCCUGAGGACACAUAUGCGACUGACUUAUGGAAUACAAGGCACAGUAUGCAAUGAUGCGUUGAUGACCUGUUGCUGUGGAAUAUUUGAAACAUGUCGAAUGACCAGAGAAAUUCGUAUCAGGAAUGGAGAGGCCUAAUUACUGUUUUUACUAACUUUUUGAAAGCAUUCGUGUUUAAUUCAGAUCAACGGAGACACAAAUUCAAUUUUAUUAUACAAUAAAAUAAUCAAAGUUAUAACUGAAGCCACGAAAGAGUUCAUAAACAUCUCUUUACAAUACAAUUGUUCAAUUUCUGGGAAUAUUAAGCUGUAAUUAAAGCAAUAUUCAUAUUUCAUCAUUCAUAUAAACAUGCCAAAAUGCAGCAUUUAUAUUUUUUGUACUAUAGUUUGGUAUUAUAUUUAAGUAUCACACACACACACACACACACACACACAUCAAAUGAAUUGUGCAAAAACAUAUGAAAUGUUAUUCAUGUCUAAAA